AUGUGUAGAUCUAUGAUGGUGAAAAAUUUUGUAAUUAUUGCAUUAUUUAUAUGCAGUGGCCGCUGUAAAGUUAUUAUUCAUGAAGAUUUGCCAGAUAUUACGAAGAAUCUGGUGCAGAAUGAAGUAAAGAACGUUCCCUCCAUCGUAAUAGAUCUACCGGUACACAAGGAACUGAUAAGUAUAAUAGCACCAAAGGAUACUCCAAAGAAUGUGCCAAAAUUAAAAAAAUCUGCUAAUACAAACGAAAACGGAAACCAGAAAAACCAGUGUGCGGGCGUAAAUGACACUAUAUCAGAUAAUUUAAUAGAUUCAGAUGAAAAUGUACCUUGUGAGAUACCGUUUAAGAUCGACAAUGGCACAGUUUUAAUUCUCACGCCUUACAUUGAAGAAGGCCAAGUCGCAGAAGCGCGUAAUGCGAGCAUUGUCAACCCUGAUGUUUUUCUAGGGUAUGAAAGCUAUUCAGGCUUUAUAACGGUGAAUAAAACUUACGAUUCGAAUAUAUUCUUCUGGUAUUUUCCUGUGCUCAAAAAACCGGUGAAUGAAACUCCGUGGAUAAUAUGGCUGCAAGGAGGCCCUGGAGCUUCGAGUAUGACGGGACUGUUCGAUGAAAUAGGGCCAUUUAAGCUGAACUCUAUAGGAGAGUUGACACACAACCCUUACUCAUGGAUACACAAUCAUUCUCUGGUCUUCAUCGACAACCCUGUGGGUACUGGUUACAGCUUCACAAAACACGUCGAUGGAUAUUCUAGCGACAUGGUUGAAUAUGGAGCCAAUUUGGCUGAAACCGUACGUCAGUUCCUUCAAAUAUUCCCUGAACUCAGGUCAGCACCGUUAUACGUAGCGGGAGAAUCAUAUGCUGGUAAAUAUGUACCAGCUCUCUCUAUGGAACUUCACAAGAAAAAAGAUGACCCUGGAUACAAAGUCAAUUUAACGGGUAUGAUGUUGGGCAAUGCUUACAUAGAUCCCAGUAUGAUAGCCCAAGUUUCGUAUCCCUUCUAUUAUUUUGGGCUCCUCAGCAAAGAGCAGAUUGAGAUAGUUGACCCGCUCUUAAAAUCCUUUCAACAGGACAUAGCAACGAAUAACAGCAUAGCUGCUAAAAAUAAAUGGAACAGCUUGAUCGCCGUGUUGUUGUUUCUAACUCAUCAAAAGCAGGCUUACAAUUUUCUCAAGGACGAUAUAUCUGUGGGCCACUACGUAAAUUUUCUCAAAACAUCCGAAGUAAAGAGGGCUCUACACGUAGGGGACAUAAGGUUCUCUUUUGUAAAUCAGACCGUGAAUUCAAAGAUGGCGCCUGAUUUCUUGAGCAGUUCAAAGCCAUUGUUUGAAGAACUUUUGGAACAUUAUAGAGUUCUGAUUUACUGUGGACAUUUGGACCAAAUGUUGCCAUGUGUGUUCACAUCAGACAAUUUCAGAACUUGGACGUGGAGUGGAUCCAAGGAAUUUCAGGAAGCAGCCAGAUAUCCUUAUAUUUAUAAAGCUAAAUUAUCUGGCUACCACAAGACAGGAGGUCAGCUGACCGAGGUCGUGGUACGAGGGGCAGGUCACAUGGUACCGGUCGACCAGCCAGGACCCAUACAGAACCUGGUGGCACGCUUCACCCACAACAAACCACUGAGCCAGCGCUUUGGACUCCUCGAAGGAUCCUUCAUACAGGAGUUCAUUAAGAACCAGACGGUUGUGUAUUUGUAA